AUGGGGGAAAAUCAGACAGUGGUGACAGAGUUCAUUCUACUAGGAUUUUGUCUUGGCCCAAGAAUUCAGAUGGUUCUCUUUGGGCUCUUCUCUCUGUUCUAUGCCUGCACCCUGCUGGGGAACAGCAUCAUCCUGGGGCUCAUCUGGCUGGACUCCCGACUGCACACCCCCAUGUACUUCUUCCUCUCCCACCUGGCCAUCGUCGACAUAGCCUAUGCCUGCAACACCGUGCCCCAGAUGCUGGUGAACCUCCUGAAGCCAGACAAGCCCAUCUGCUUUGCUGGCUGCUUGACACAGACCUUUCUCUUUUUGACUUUUGCUCUGACAUGUCUUCUCCUAGUGGUGAUGUCCUAUGAUCGGUAUGUGGCCAUCUGCCACCCCCUCCGAUAUUCUGCCAUCAUGAGCUGGAGGGUCUGCAUCACCCUGGUGGUGACUUCCUGGGCAUGUGGCUCCCUGCUGGCCCUGGUCCAUGUGGUUCUCAUCCUGAGGCUGCCCUUCUGGCCUCAUGAAAUCAACCACUUCUUCUGUGAAAUCCUGUCUGUCCUCACUGCCUGUGCUGACACCUGGCUCAACCACGUGGUCAUCUUUGUUGCCUGGAUGUUGAUCUUAGUCGGGCUCUGCUUGGUGCUGGUGUCCUACUCAUGCAUCCUGUUUGCCAUCCUGAGGAUCCGGUCCCGGGAGGGCCGCAGAAAGGCCUUCUCUACCUGUUCCUCCCACCUCUGUGUGGUGGGGCUCUUCUUUGGCAGUGCCAUUGUCGUGUACGUGGCCCCCAAAUCCCACCACCCCGAGGAGCAGCAGAAGAUGCUUUCCCUGUUUUAUAGCCUUUUCAACCCUAUGCUGAACCCACUGAUCUACAGCCUGAGGAACGCGGAGGUCAAGAGUGCCCUGAGGAGAGCGCUGUACAAGGAAAGUCAUUCCCAACUGGAGUGA